GCGGUGGGGGAGGAGGGAGCGGAGCCGAGCGGCGGGAGGCGGAGCUGGGGCCAGCGGCGGCGGAGACAGCCUCGUCAGGGGGACUGUCUGCAGCGGCCCCUUUCCCAUUCCCUCUUGCCUUUCCUUCUCAUCUGUCCUCGGGUUCCUUAAAGCUGUGCUAUGAAUGGUGAUUCUGGUGUGGGGGUGGUGACUUCACCACCUCCAACAACAGCCCCUCAUAAAGAGAGGUACUUUGAUCGAGUUGAUGAAAAUAAUCCAGAUUAUUUGAGAGAGAGGAACAUGGCACCUGACCUUCGCCAGGAUUUUAACAUGAUGGAACAGAAGAAGAGGGUCUCCAUGAUUCUUCAAAGCCCAGCUUUUUGUGAAGAACUGGAAUCUAUGAUCCAGGAACAAUUUAAGAAAGGGAAGAACCCAACAGGUUUAUUGGCUCUGCAGCAGAUUGCAGAUUUCAUGACCACAAACGUACCCAACGUCUACCCUGCGGCACCACAAGGCGGAAUGGCUGCAUUAAACAUGAGCCUUGGCAUGGUGACACCAGUGAAUGAUCUAAGAGGAUCAGAUUCCAUUGCUUAUGAAAAAGGGGAGAAGUUGCUACGGUGUAAAUUGGCAGCCUUCUACAGAUUAGCAGAUCUCUUUGGCUGGUCUCAGCUUAUUUACAAUCAUAUAACAGCCAGAGUAAAUUCUGAGCAGGAGCACUUCCUCAUCGUACCUUUUGGACUCCUCUAUAGUGAAGUUACUGCAUCUAGUUUGGUUAAAAUCAAUAUCCAGGGUGAUGUAGUUGAUCGUGGAAGCACUAACCUGGGUGUGAACCAAGCUGGCUUUACUUUGCACUCAGCCAUCUACGCGGCCCGGCCUGAUGUGAAGUGCAUUGUCCACAUUCACACACCAGCAGGGGCAGCGGUUUCUGCAAUGAAGUGUGGUCUCUUGCCAAUUUCCCCUGAAGCACUUUCUCUAGGGGAAGUAGCUUACCAUGACUACCAUGGGAUUUUAGUGGAUGAUGAAGAGAAGGUGGUUAUUCAGAAAAACUUGGGGCCUAAAAGCAAGGUCCUUAUUCUGAGAAACCAUGGCUUGGUAUCAGUUGGAGAGACUGUUGAGGAGGCUUUCUACUAUAUUCAUAACCUAGUGCUUGCCUGUGAGAUUCAAGUACGCACGCUGGCCAGUGCAGGUGGACCUGACAACUUAGUGCUUUUAGACCCUGGGAAGUAUAAAGCCAAGUCUCGUUCCCCUGAGUCUCCAGCAGGUGAGGGUACUGUGUCCCACCCAAAGUGGCAGAUUGGUGAACAGGAAUUUGAAGCUCUUAUGCGAAUGCUCGAUAACCUGGGCUACAGAACCGGCUACCCCUACCGAUGCCCUGCUCUGAGAGAGAAAUCUAAAAAGUACAGCGAUGUUGAGAUCCCAGCUAGUGUCACAGGUUACUCCUUCACUAGUGAUGGCGACUCAGGCACUUGCUCCCCCCUCAGACACAGUUUUCAGAAACAGCAGCGAGAGAAGACAAGGUGGCUGAACUCUGGCCGAGGGGAUGAUGCUUCUGAAGAAGGGCAGAACGGCAGCAGCCCCAAGUCGAAGACUAAGGUGUGGACGAACAUUACACACGAUCACGUGAAACCCUUGCUGCAGUCUCUCUCGUCCGGUGUCUGCGUGCCAAGCUGUAUUACCAACUGCUUGUGGACUAAAGAGGAUGGACAUAGAACUGCCACCUCUGCUGUCCCUAACCUGUUUGUUCCAUUGAACACCAAUCCAAAGGAGGUCCAAGAAAUGAGGAACAAGAUCCGAGAGCAAAACCUACAAGACAUUAAAACUGCUGGCCCUCAAUCACAGGUUCUAUCUGGGGUAGUUGUGGACAGGAGUCUUGUACAGAGAGUAACAGUUUAUAAGGAUGCUCCCCUCUCAGACUGUACGGAAUCUAUUGAAGGGCUCGAUCCCACAGAGCAGGCCUUUAGUCCAGCUAAAUCUCUGUCUGUUAGAAAGGGGGAGCUGGUGACUGCGUCGAAGGCAAUCAUAGAGAAGGAAUAUCAACCCAAAGUCAUCGUCAGCACCACAGGGCCCAACCCCUUCAACAAGCUCACCGACCGAGAGCUGGAGGAGUACCGCAAGGAAGUAGAAAGAAAGCAGAAGGGACCAGAAGAACCUUCAGAAGAUGGCAGGCAACAGAAAGAGAGAAGUCCCCUUGACCCCGCUUCAGCUCGCACUCCUCCCAGCACGCCGAUUAAGCUGGAGGAAGAGACACAGCAGGACCAGACCUACAAAGAUGACAGUGAUGCUGCAACUUUCAAGCAAACCCUCCCAGAUCUCACCCCCGAUGAGCCUUCAGAAGCACUCAGCUUCCCUCCCUUAGGAAAGGAGGAAGGGAGAUGUGAUGAAGAUGUGUCCAAAAGCCAAACAGAAUCAGCUGCAGUGGAAAACAAGGAACCCCAGCCUCCUCCCGCUGAGGAGCCAGCAACCCCCACAGCUGAGGAGGGGACAGCAGCUGAUGCAGGUAGCGAUGAAUCUCCAGGGAAGUCCCCAUCCAAAAAGAAAAAGAAGUUUCGCACUCCUUCCUUCCUGAAGAAGAGCAAAAAGAAGAGUGACUCCUAAAGGCCAAACACACUGCAGAAACACUGUCAUGUUCUCAACCCAUUAACCACUAGAAUGUACCAGGUCGUACUGAGUGUCUUGUCUUACCAUGUAAAUGAAUGCAACAGGUAAUCCAACCAGCCCCUCCGCUCGUGGCUUGAUUCUUUAAGGGUAUAACCAGAAACUAAUGUCCAAAGAGGUGCUAAUCCUGUGUGUCCAGCAGCUGCCACAGAUCUGAUCCCUCACUUGUGAUCCAGUGUCAGUGGCUUCCACAGGCAAGGCCUGGAAUCACCUUUUUAAUGUCAAGCCUGCACUGCUUUACUAAAGCAUAGAUGUCACAGUUCAGAACAAACCACAGCUGGCUCCCCACAAGUGUUGUUUCACGAUACUCUGUUCCAGGUCCCAGGUAAAUUUCUUCUUCAAUGCUGACUUUGUGGAGAGGAUGCUUUGGCAGUGGUGUUUGCAGGGGGGAGGUAUUCCUGACCUGGUGUAGGCUUCUGCAAGCUUGUGGUGUGCUGGUCAAGCUUUGGGGCCACCUCCUCCUUCCUCUCCUCCUCCCCCCCUGACUGUGGUAUCAAAAUGGAGGUGUUUUCACUUGGAUUGCAUAACUGGCUCCUGAAAUCAUCUUUGCUGUCUGGGCCUGAAGUGGCUGUGGUGUGUCUGCUCAUGGUGUGCGUUGCAGACCCCAAUGUUUUUUUUGCUAGUGAGCGCAGCUUGAGGGCAAUCUGCCUUCCAGCCUUGAGUCCCCAAGAGCUGGGCAGGUAUUUGGCUGUUAGAAAAGGUUAAAAAGUAACCAUGUAAAAGUACUCCAGAAGUCUUGCAGCUGGAGGUAGGGAGCAGGGGCAGUUGUAUCUCAGCCUUAGCACAGGGUUUUUCCACCCUCUGAAAAACCCCUGGGGUACAGGUGCCAACCUCCUGCCCCUCAAGCAGCUCUGCAGCCUUUUGGCUUUGUUCCUUCCCAGGAUGAAAAUGUAAAUGCAUUACACUGAGCAUUAACCUGGGGUUCUGUUCAUUGCUUUCCCUUCAAGAGCUGGCAUUUCUUCAACCCUUGGUUGUUGCCAGCAGCAAUGUUCUGACCCCCCAGGGACCUCCCAGGUGUAUUCUCACAGUUUGCUUUAAGUGUUUAAUAUGUAGCAUGGUAAAGAAAAUCACCUCCCCCCUGAAUUCAUUGUUUCCCAGUUAUUGCCAUGCUUCUGUCUAUCACUAAUUGUCAAAGUAGCUCAAGGUCAGAUAGGUGAAGCUUGCAGGAGUCCUCCAGCAGCUGGGCAAUGCCCCUGGCCAAGGGCAGGGCAGCUGGUAACCGUUUCUGGUUUUAGCAGCAGCAAACCUUGACACCCCUGUGUGGGAGAGGGAAGCACCUUCACUCCCAGUGUCUGUAACAAAACAGGGUCUGGAUGUAACCUUCUAGGACAAUACUAAACGUUGCAGUUGGUAAACUAGCAGGAAACUACUAAUGCCUUACGUUCAUGCAGCAGAAAGCAUCGCGGGAGGCGGCCGGGCGGUUGGACACAGCUAUGGAUGAUGAAGGCCUGUGUUAGGCUGGGAGGUGCUGAGACCUCAGUCUGGUUUCAGGCAGCGAAGGGGAGACAGCUGAAAGGAGAACUGUGAGGUUUUGAGGUGGUAACAGACGUGGUGAGGAGGGGAGGGUCACCUGCUGCGGGUGGAGCAGCAGCAGGGGCCCCUGGGGAGCGAUGCUCUGUCAGGGCUGCAUGGCACCAACAGCUUUCAGCUUCUACUUUAACCUUCGUGUCCUCUGCACCUCGGACCCCACGAUACUCGUUUGGCUCACUCGUGUUUAUGGCAGGGUCGUGAUGAAAUGACUAAUUGCUCUGUGUUUCAGUUCUUUCCUGGAGUCCCUCCAUUCCUCUUGGCCACAUAUGCAACGACUCUUUGAUUUCUAAUUUUGUAGUUUGUUCUUUUAACCCUUUGUAUCACACCGUAUGAAAUGUAGUCACCUAUGGUUACCCGCUCCGGGGCGCAGUAAGGGCCUGGGGGGUUCUUUCUUUCUUGUAUCAUUAAGUUCUACUCACAAAUAAAACUCUUUAAAA